GAUCGGCGGUCACGUGGUACCCAGCUGGGUUGGCCUCCCGCAUCUCUGUGCGAAGAUGGCGACAGUGAGGAAGGCUUUCCCACGGAGGCUGGUGGGCUUGGCGUCCCUCCGGGCUGUGAGCACCGCCUCCAUGGGCACUUUGCCAAAGCACGUGAAGAUCGUGGAAGUUGGUCCCCGAGACGGUCUGCAGAAUGAAAAGGUCAUUGUACCCACACCAGUGAAGAUCAAACUGAUAGACCUGCUUUCCGAAGCGGGGCUCCCCGUUAUCGAGGCCACCAGCUUUGUCUCUCCCAAGUGGGUGCCGCAGAUGGCUGACAACUCUGACGUCUUGAAGGGCAUUCAGAAGUUUCCUGGCAUCAGCUACCCAGUCCUGACUCCAAACAUGAAAGGCUUUGAGGCCGCGGUAGCUGCGGGCGCCAAGGAAGUGAGCAUCUUCGGGGCUGCGUCUGAGCUCUUCACCCGGAAGAACGUGAACUGCUCUAUAGAGGAGAGUUUCCAGCGUUUUGAUGGAGUCAUGCAAGCCGCACGGGCGGCCAACAUCUCUGUGAGAGGGUACGUCUCCUGUGUCCUCGGAUGCCCCUAUGAGGGGAAGGUCUCCCCGGCUAAAGUUGCUGAGGUAGCCAAGAAGUUGUACUCCAUGGGCUGCUAUGAGAUCUCCCUUGGGGACACCAUUGGCGUAGGCACCCCGGGACUCAUGAAAGACAUGCUGACUGCUGUCAUCCGUGAAGUGCCUGUGACUGCAUUGGCUGUCCACUGCCAUGACACCUACGGUCAAGCUCUGGCCAACACCUUGGUGGCCCUGCAGAUGGGAGUGAGCGUUGUGGACGCCUCAGUGGCGGGACUUGGAGGCUGUCCCUAUGCAAAAGGGGCAUCGGGGAACCUGGCUACUGAGGACCUGGUCUACAUGCUGACUGGUUUAGGGAUUCACACGGGUGUGAACCUCCAGAAGCUCCUGGAAGCCGGGGACUUCAUCUGUCAAGCCCUCAACAGAAAAACCAGUUCCAAAGUGGCACAGGCCACCUGCAAACUCUGAGCCCCUUGUUCACCUGACCCAGAACUGUGGGAGUUGGGUGUGCACAAUGAUUCCUGGAUAGGGAAAUGGGAUGAGAAAUAAUGAGCCAGCGUCAUCACAGAGAUCCCUCUCCUCAUGGAGAGCCAGAGCGGCCAGGCCCCGGCCGGCGCCCCAGCGCCCCUCAACACUUGCUUGGGAUGGCCCUGGGUGAGUCCGCUAGCCAAAAGAGCUGACGACCACUGUGCCACAACCGCGGGUCCUGGGUUCUACCUCUGAGGACAGAGGGCAGUUUCCCUUUAAGCCAGUAGAGCAUUUGCUGAACUGGUGGGGGCUGAUGUGCUUCUGUGGCCCUCUGCCAAAGCCAGCAUCUCUGGGAAAUCCCCAUUCUGUACGUGAUUUUUUUGAAAACAGCUCAUGUAAUUAAUUAAAGGUUUAAUUUUCUAAUA